GCUCGCCUUUGAUAGGGUGCAGUAGCGUUGCGUCUUCCCGUCUGCUUUCUUGCCACCGUUCUUCACCUCUACCUCGCUGCGGCUCUCCAGACGCCGCGUGCCCCGGGGUUUUUGACUUGCCUUUCUGGACUUGCGUCGACCGUGAUCUCUCGAGCCCGCCAACGACAACACUCGUUCGACUUCCAUCCCAAAACCCCCCCAGCCUCCGCUCGACGUGGUGUGGAACAGCAAGAGCAUGCAUAAGAUCUCCAACUUCGUCAGCACUGGCCAUGCUCAGCGCUUCUCGGGUAUGGGUUUCACGCGUGGACAGCCCCAGCAUCCGCAGCAGCAGCAGCAGCAUCAACAGCAUCCUCAUGUGCCGCAGGAGCACAUGCUGAAUAUUGGCAAGCGGACAGCGCCGGGAAUGUCCGCGAGCCCCAGUCCAGCGAUGCUCGGGCCCGUGAUGGUGAACAUGUCGUUCAACGUGCCCUUCAACUCGGCGUUGCCGGGCCCGGACAAGGACGAUGUACUGUACAGCAGCUAUGGAGCCUUCCAGCGAUGGACACACCCUGAAGGCGCCGACGGCGACAUGCCGAAUCAUGCUCUGCCUGUCCACACGCGUAAUGUGGAGAAUCUGCGCAGCUUGUGCAAGCAAAUUAGCGAGAGCAGCGGCGACCGGAUCCAAGCUACGGUCACGUCCUCGAAGCCCAAGCCCAUCCCCGGCAUACAGCGUGGUUCUCUGUCAGCACUGGUCACGAACGUAUGCAUCUCCGGUGACCACGACCUGGCGCACAAGAUGCGGGCGAAGGUGCUGAACGAGACGCCGAUCACACUGCGCUGCGAGACUGUCGAUAUCGACCGAGAAAUCGUGUUCCCCCGAGGACAGGAUGAUGCUCGAAAUGAUGUUGUUGAACACAUGGAUCAGAUCGCUGAAAAUACGAAAGCAGACAUUUUCCUCCUCGAGUCCAAGUCAAAGCGGAAGGACUCAGAUUCCAUCAGCUUCGCGAGCAACAUGGAGAAAAGCAUGGACAACCGGCUCCGCAUAUACAUCUACGGUGAUAGCGAGAGCUCGGAGAACGCAAAGACGCGACUGCUCAUCAUGAUUGAUCAACUGCUCCAGCGUUUCGUCGAUCUUUUCCGCGUGGAGCUGUCCCUGCACAAUCUGAUCUCAGGCAGGCAGAGAAGGAAUAUCAAGCUGAUUGAGUCUGCUACUGGUGCUGCAAUCUACUUCCCACCCAUGUUCCCAGCCGUCUUCGGCUACACACCACCUGGAUCCGUUCCUCUUCGCAGUCGGGAUGACAUCAUCAUCACUGGCGAUAGCAUGGACAAUAUACUCCAGGCCAAGAAGAGAUUGAACGACUUGGUCCAGGCCACGAAGACCUUUGUGAAGGACGUGCAGAUUACGACGAAUAAGAUGGACUGCAUUCUGCUCGAAAGAUUGGACAAGAUCCGAAAGAUUAUCGAGGCUAAUGGCUCUUACGUCCUGCUGCCACCUCUUGGAAGCCGCAGUGGACAUAUUCGCGUGCAAGCCACCGACAUUCUGAAUGUGGAGCGCACGGUGCGUGAAAUCAUGGGUUUGGCUGGGCAGUUCUACAGCGCUUCCUGGUGGGUUACUCAUCCAGAGACUUCCCAACGUCAGCCGACCCCGUCCGAUGUGCGAGCCAUGCUUCCGGAUAUCUGCAUCAACAGUGGCGCUGAGGUCACCUUCGAGAAAUUCAAUUUCCACAUCAAUGGCAGCGACGACUCCGUUAAGGCUGCGAUGUCGAUCAUCAACGUCUUGCCGUUCGUGAGAAAGGCACAAUCUACUCUGCGCGUGAAGGUCGAGCUCGCAAACGAGCACAAAGAGUUUGUCAGUGGAAAGAAGAAUGGCAAGAUCAAUAAAAUCAUGAGCCAGAGCAAUGUUCAAAUAGUAUUUGACGGAUUUAACGAGUACAACUUCUACAUCGACGUCCGCGGAGCACAGUACGAGGCGACGAAAAAUGGGCUGGACCUCGUCGAGCUUGAGAUGCCGGCGUCCAUCUCGUUCCAUGUUCCGGACCAGUACCACAAGCGCAUUAUCGGUAUCGGAGGUCAGCACAUCCAGCGCAUCAUGAAGAAAUAUUCAGUCUUUGUCAAGUUCUCAAAUGCCAUGGAUCGUGGAGGUAUCGGCAAGGAUGACGACGAUAUCAAAGUCGACAAUGUCAUUUGCAGAACACCUGCACGCAACGCCGACAACCUUGAACUAGUCAAGCAGGAGAUUAUGGACAUGGUGGAGAAAGUCGAUGCCGAAUUUGUCUCCGAACAGGUCCCUGUUGAUCGUCUCUACCAUCGUGAACUUGUUGCUCGCAUGCAAGAGAUCGAGGAACUUGAAAAGAAGUGGAACUGCAAAAUCACGUUUCCAGGCACUGAAGCUGCCAGCGACAUCAUCACGGUCAGUGGACCUGAGUGGCAGGUCCCGCAGGCCGUCGAUGAAUUUUUGGGCAUGGUGCCAGAAACCCAUGAGAUCGAAUUUCCAUCUUCACUCGGGCUUCGCGAGUUCCUUACGUCCAACGAAUUCCACCGGGACACGGCGCAGAAGCUCAAAGACCAGUAUGUCGUCGAGGUCUCUGUCAGCGAGCCAAAGAAUGAGAAGAUUGGCGAUCAAGUGGUCUUGGUCGAACGCCUUCUGCUCAACUAUACCCGAAACAAUGCUGGCGGGCUCAAAGAUGCCAUUGACUUCUUGUUACUGCCCUUCAUCAGCCGAGGGCUCGAUCAAAAUGCUGUAAAAGGCGCUAUUCCACGACCAAAGUCGGACUCCUUCGAGGACAACAUGGCGUUCUUCGAAUCCAAGCUGCUGCAACGCGCUGAGCCUCCUGUCCAGGAUUCGCCGACCCGUACUACGUUUGGAGAGGAAGGUGCCACCCGGUCCAUCUUCGAUAAGCUGCGGAAGCCUAGUAGUAUGGCCUCCUUCACUUCGUUCAUGGACCGCAGGAGAAAGACUGGCUCGAAUUCUCCCGCGUCCAUAUUCCUGCAAGGCUCCGGCAAUGCUUCCAAGGCCUCUCUUGUCAGCAUGGAGUCUCGCGAUUCUGGCUAUCGCCAAUUCUGGAACGACUCUGGCAUUGAUCUCGAUCACGACCAGCAGACCGGCCAUGCCCAUGCUAACAGCUGGGGCUCGAUUGGCGGCGGUUCUUCUCGACCAAAUACCUCCUCAAACUCACUUUCUGGCGCAUUUGAGACAAAGUUUCCUUUCGGCGUAAACGGUAACGCCUCGACGAGUUCUCUUAACACUCCCAUGAUACCCGGUCUCGGCAUGGUCUCCGGUACUCCUGCAGUCGGCGCGCACGAGGUCAAGUCUGCCAGUAACGGUGACGUGACACCCAAGUACGAUGCUCACGCCGAUCGAUCGGCCGUGGGCAGCGGGAAGGGUCACUCGAUGUCAACUGAUGCUCAGCAACCACCGAUCUCGCGCCCGGCGUCUACCAGUACCAUGGCCACCACGAUGACCACGAAGAAUGCUUCUGCGAGUACCACAUCUUCAGGAUAUACCCGGCCACAAUCUGGCCUCCGCGAAUGAUUGUUGAAAUGUUAUUGUCGUUGGAAGCGAUACGAAUAUGCCGUUUGUUUUGGUUGUUAUUUUUCCCUAUUUUUCCUCUCGCGUUUUGCUUUUUAUUACUUGUUCGGGGAUACCCAUGUGCGACGUAAGGGAAGAAAAAAAAAGCCGUGCUUGCAUGCUUGCAACAACAUGCAACUCGCAUUGAUCUGAGGUGUUUGUGUGUGAGAGAGAGAGCGUGUGUGUGUGUGUGUGUGUGUCUGUGUGUACGUGAGAGAGAGAGAAUGAGAGAGAAUGAGAAUGAGAGAGGGAGAGAGGGGAAAAAGGCAAUGAGACUAUGUUGGGGUUUGUCUUCUACAACAGGGAGAAACGGGAUAUACCACUUUCGCGACGACGGUUUUCAACGCAAGCAGCGAUUUCGUCUUUUUGUUUUCUGAGAAGUUGCGGCGGAUGAGGGGGGGAUACCUUUGGUGGGCUCCUGAUACACACUCUCUUCAACGAACGAUGACGAUGGAAACGAGGUGCUGAGGUCGAAUUGGUUCGUUGGUGCAUGUAGUCGAAAGACUCGUGCCACUGCUGCCAAAUCGGGGCUGAGUACAC